GCGGCCAUUUUGGAAGGUCGGCGCUCCGUGGCUGGUCGGGGGUGGAGUGGGCGGGUUUGGGUCCCGGCCGCAGCGGCUGGUGACAGGGACAGGGAGGGUAGCCCGCCAGCCGCCGAGCCUCAGCGGCGCCGCAGGGGAAGAGCCGCUACACAGUGGUCGCAGCGGUCGCCUGCCCCCGCCAUGUCGGACUUCGACAGCAACCCCUUCGCCGACCCGGACCUCAACAACCCCUUCAAGGAUCCUUCUGUUACACAAGUGACAAGAAAUAUUCCUCCAGGGCUAGAUGAGUACAAUCCUUUCUCUGAUUCAAGAACGCCUCCUCCAGGAAAUGUGAAAAUGCUGAAUGUCCCCAGUACCCAGCCAGCAAUAAUGAAACCAACAGAAGAGGCGCCUGCUUACACACAGAUUGCAAAGGAGCAUGCCUUGGCCCAGGCAGAACUGCUAAAGCGUCAAGAAGAACUGGAAAGAAAAGCAGCUGAACUAGACCGCAGAGAAAGGGAAAUGCAGAGUCUCAACCAGCAGGGGGGUAGAAAAAAUAACUGGCCACCUCUUCCUGAGAAUUUUCCAGUAGGUCCUUGUUUCUACCAGGACUUUUCUGUAGAUAUUCCUGUAGAAUUCCAGAAGACAGUAAAGAUUAUGUACUAUUUGUGGAUGUUCCAUACAGUGACACUCUUUCUUAAUAUCUUUGGAUGUUUGGCCUGGUUUUAUGUUGAUGCCACAAGAGGAGUUGAUUUUGGAUUGAGUAUUCUCUGGUUCUUGCUUUUUACCCCUUGUUCCUUUGUCUGCUGGUACAGACCACUUUAUGGAGCUUUCAGGAGUGACAGUUCAUUCAGGUUCUUUGUGUUCUUCUUUGUAUAUAUCUGUCAAUUUGCUGUACACGUCCUUCAAGCUGCAGGAUUUCAACGAUGGGGAAACUGUGGGUGGAUUUCAUCCCUUACUGGUCUUAAUAAGAGUAUUCCUGUAGGCAUUAUGAUGAUAAUCAUAGCUGCACUUUUCACAGCAUCUGCUGUUAUCUCAUUAGUUAUGUUUAAAAAGGUGCAUGGGCUCUACCGCACGACCGGCGCUAGCUUCGAGAAGGCGCAGCAGGAGUUUGCCACGGGAGUGAUGUCCAACAAAACCGUGCAAACGGCUGCCGCCAACGCCGCGUCGACAGCAGCGACCAGCGCAGCUCAGAACGCCUUCAAGGGGAACCGGAUGUAGGGGAGCGUAAACAGCCAUCAUACUUCUCUUUAUUUUCCACUCACUUGUUGUAUUCCCUGAACGCCUAGAUCAAAAUUCACACAGCAUGUUUGCCUCUCCUGCAGCUGUGCAUGGGUAAAAUGGGAAAUGUCUGGUUUGUUCUGUUUUCAGUGUAUUUAUUUUGAACGGAUAACUCAUCUUUUUGCCCUUCUUUUAAGGUGUCGCGUUCUAGAAUAUAAAGCCUUCCGUAUUCUAUGGGGAUAAAUAAUUUCAAUAAUUGGCCUGAGAAGGAAUUGUAUAUAAUGAUCAAGUAAAUGUAUAAAGCAUUUGGAAGGUUUUUAAGUGUCUCACUCUGGUAUUUUUUUUAACUUCAGGAAAGCACUUUGGAUCAAUUAUAUUUCUUUGUAAGAACUAUCUUCCCUGUUUCAAACAAGAAGUGGGGUAGACUGAGAGAUGUAGAUGUACUGCUUUUGUAGUUUCAGCAGCUACUGGAGAACAAAUAAAAGUAGAGUAGAUAUUAUUAAUUCUAUACUUGGGGUUUUUUUAGGCUAAGUCUUUUGAUAUAAACCUGUAAGAUUGCAUGAACACUGCUGAGUUAUAUCAUCUUGUUUAAAUAGUGGUUUAGUCCAGAGGUUACCCACACCACUUUAUAACAAUAUUUGUUUGAUUUCAUAGUGUAUUCUCUACCUGUGACAAAGGCUGUGGUGCAUAGGCAUUUCUGUACUGGAAUGUGAAAUGCAGUGUACACUUCUAAGAGAGUUAAAACUGACUGUUUUGAGUAAGACUGAUGUUUUCAAUCACAGAGCUAAAAUGAUUAUGUAUUUGCUGUUUUGUUUUUCUUUUUAAAAUUUCAAUAUUUAUGUCUUGGGGUAAUCAUUUUGCUGGAAAAGAAACCAGUAGUAAAUUUAGAACACUAGUUUCUUGGUCCCCUCCCCUCUUCUACAUGCAGUGCUAUUUUUGUUGUGUUCAGCAUUUUGGGGGCUUUUGGGGUUCUUUUUAUGUGUAGGUUUGUGUUUAAAAUGGUACUGAAUAUCUCUACCCUAGUCUGUUUACUACUUGUCCAAAAGCAUAAACAUAAUAUUUAAUUUCCUAACAGGAAUAUUCUCUAAUCCCAGGCAUUUUAAGAUAUUGCAUUCAACAGAUAUUUGAAUUCAUUUUAACUUUAGUUCAUCUGCCUCUGUGAUGUCAUUUAAGCUGGGGGAUAAAAGCUUUUGAACUACUUAGAGUUGGAAAGGUGAGAAAUCCUCACCUUUAAUGGUUAAUUUUUAACUUCUGGAGGCCCAAGGGAUUGAGCUGGUGCUGUGGAACUGAACAAUCCACAAUCAUACCAUCGUAAUAUUCUAGACCAUGAAUCAGGUCACCUUUAGUAAGACAACAUGAAUUAAUGAGGCCCUUUCAUGUUUUGAAAGUGCACCAACUCACAGAGAUUCUUUUUCACUACACUGUAUUCAUAAUAACAGAAAAGCAUUAUGAAAAUAAAACCCUGUAGUUUAUUCCCUGGAUCAGUAUUGUACUGUUGGCAUGAAGUCCCUAUUACUCUCCUUUCUUUUACUAAUUUAUUUAAAUCUAAAUGUAAUUUGGAGAAAUUUCAGUUUCACUUAUGCUGAAUUUCAUAUUAACAAAAACUGCUCCUAAAUGUCCUCUGCAUCAUGAAGCUAAAAGCAGUUUAAAUACGCUGUGUAAUAGGGUCUCUAAAGUUCCAUAGUAGUGGACAUGCUAGCAUUGAACUUAAAUUCAAAUGGAAUGUUAAAGCUUUGCAGAUAAAAGGCAUUUUCUGUUGAGACCAGGCAUCAUCCUUCUAGCAGCUGUAUAUCCAGACUGUUCUUUUUAAUAAUCUUUUAAAUUUGAGAAUCGUAGCUAGGAAUUCCACUGUGGAGGACUUCUACAUGUAAAUUCAAGACAUUCUCUUGGUGUCUCUUGGAUAGGAAUUCCAGGGACAGUUUCCUUGCAAUUUAACUUAGGUCAAAGAUUGCAUCAUAAUAUAUAUUACCAGAAUAUAUUAUGGGUAAAAAAAAUUCAGCAUGAAACCUGAAUUUGGCACGUAGGAUGUUUUUUUUUUCCCCAAAAUGUUUAAAGUUGAUUUGAAACAAACAAACAAACAUAUUUAGUGUUCUUUGUAUAGGGAGUGUUGGUCUGUAAUGUCACAGGUUGAAUGUAUGGAUUUAAACCUCCAAAGUGAAAUUCAGUAUUCAGUUACAUGUGAAUUGUAAAUUGUUUCAGCUAGAAAUCUCUGACAGAAGAGAAGGGAGAAGUUAAGAAUUUAGCUUUGACAACAGAAGGCUGAAAUUUGUUAAGGUAUUUUGUACUUAAUGAAAAGUAGAUUUUACAGUCUGUUACUAAUUUAGCAGAGUAUGGCGCCCACUGGAGUUGUCAUUUUGUAGUAUUGUGACAAACCGAGUACAAAGUGUGAAGUUUAAACACUGGAAUGUCAGUAGUCAUUGAUCUGUAAUUUAGGAGUUGGCUUUAUUUAUCUGAGGGAUGUUUGUAUAUUUUGUAAAUUACCAACAACACUCUGCCAUCCUGGUGAAUGUCACGGUUCUGUUACAAAUGCACUUCUUCUGUCCUUCUGUUGCAUGUCUCGGUAGUUCAGAAGUUUUGUAUAUUUAUUGUAUUAAAACAGUGUCAUAGAAUAAAAAAAGACUUUUUUCCUGGG